CACAUUGUAAACUAAGGUUUUUAAAGCGGAACGGUCGGUCUGAAAAGUAAAAUGGAUUACAGACAACGGGUCAAAAAAUAUUGUCCUUCAAGGCUUCUCUAAUCCCAGGGCACUUUGCUAAGCAACCAGUGUCAAUCAGGGUUACAUUUCAGCACAUGAAGAAAUAGAUAUCUCUCUAACUUGUCUGAAGUUUAUUUUUAAGACCAUAGCAGAUACUUAUUGAGCAGUUUCCAGUGGUGAUUAAAUAGGUUGCAAUGAUAGUGACAGGUGACAUAUCAUGUAAGAAAAGUCUUCUGUAAUGUUACAGGCUGCUGUGGCCACUUGCUAGUUAUUGGCUGGCUCAGUCUUUUCUUCCAGUUCCCUUUCAGCUAGUGGGCAAGAGAGGCAAAGGAACAAACUUUGAACCUUUCAAGACAUGACAAAAAAAAAAAUCAUGUGGUGCUGAGGCAGCACAUUGCUCAGCUGUGAAAGACGACUCGGGUUUUAUAAAGCUAACUUGAGUCCUAUUCCCCUGUUUGGUAGCACUUGGGGGAAAAAGUUGAUUAAUUGUCAGGAGUUUGGGGGACAGGUGGGAGCUGUGAGAGUGCUGUUGGGCAGCUGUAAUGCAUUAAUUUAUGCACUGGACUUGAUUCUAGUCUGAAGAGACUGAAUAUUUCUCUUCAUGGGUCACUGGGGCCAUGGGGAAGAUUUACAUCUAGCUUGAGAAGACUGCAUCUUUCCCUUCAUGGGUCAGGGGUCUGAAUCCAAGCUUUACAAUGGCUCGGAGAAAGACAUCUCCUCAGCUUCAACUAAGCUCACAAAAAAAGAGUCUCUUAAGGUUCAAAAGAAAAAUUACAGAGAAGAGAAGAAGAGAGCCACGAAAGAAUUACUUAGUACAAUCACAGACCCAUCAGUUAUUGUUAUGGCUGAUUGGCUGAAGAUUCGUGGCACCUUGAAAAGUUGGACCAAAUUGUGGUGUGUGUUGAAACCAGGAGUACUGCUUAUUUACAAAACCCCCAAAAAUGGCCAGUGGGUAGGAACAGUGCUCCUGAAUGCUUGUGAGCUCAUUGAGCGGCCUUCCAAGAAAGAUGGCUUUUGCUUUAAACUCUUCCAUCCCUUAGAGCAGUCCAUAUGGGCUGUUAAGGGUCCUAAAGGUGAAGCAGUUGGCUCAAUCACUCAACCAUUACCCAGCAGUUACUUGAUCAUCCGAGCAGCUUCAGAAUCUGAUGGCAGGUGUUGGAUGGAUGCAUUGGAACUGGCUUUAAAAUGUUCAGGCCUACUUAAACGUACGAUGAUUAGGGAAGGUAAAGAACAUGACUUGAAUGUUCCAGCAGAAAAUGCACAUGUAUCUUUCUAUGGAUUGCUGCGUGCUAACAACUUGCACAGUGCAGAAAACUUCCCACUAAAUGACAGUGAAAUUGAAAGGCAGCAUUUUAAGGAUCAAGACCUGUACUCUGACAAAUCUGAUAAAGAGAAUGAUCAUGAUCAUGAUGAGUCUGAUAAUGAUGGGCUGGGGAAAAGUGAAGAGAGUGACAGUGACACGUCAGAACGGCAAGAUGACUCUUACAUUGAUCCAGAACCUAUUGAUGAUCUCAAAGAAACUACGUAUUUGGAAGAAGCUCAUGAAGAACUUGGAGAGGCAGGGGAGGCUUCUCAAACAGAAGUAGUAUCAGAGGAAAACAAAAGCCUGAUCUGGACACUGUUGAAACAAGUUCGUCCAGGAAUGGACCUGUCCAAAGUUGUACUGCCUACGUUUAUCUUGGAACCACGCUCUUUUCUGGACAAACUCUCUGACUACUACUAUCAUGCGGAUUUCUUGUCUGAGGCAGCUCUUGAAGAGAAUGCUUACAAUCGUUUGAAGAAAGUAGUAAAAUGGUAUUUGUCGGGAUUCUACAAAAAACCACAGGGGCUAAAAAAACCAUAUAAUCCUAUACUCGGUGAGACUUUCCGCUGCAUGUGGAUUCAUCCAAGGACCAACAGCAAAACUUUUUACAUUGCUGAACAGGUGUCUCAUCACCCCCCAGUAUCUGCUUUCUAUGUUAGCAACCGGAAGGAUGGGUUUUGUCUCAGUGGUAGCAUUCUGGCCAAAUCCAAGUUCUAUGGAAAUUCAUUGUCUGCCAUACUGGAAGGAGAAGGUCGGUUAAUGUUCCUAAAUAGAGGGGAGGAUUAUGUAAUGACCAUGCCAUAUGCUCAUUGUAAAGAUGAGCUCUGCUUUUCUGCAGGAAUUCUUUAUGGCACAAUGACUUUAGAGCUUGGGGGAACUGUCAACAUUACAUGCGAGAAGACUGGAUACAGUGCAACAAUUGAAUUCAGAUUAAAGCCGUUUUUGGGCAACAGUGAUAGUGUUAAUCAAAUAUCAGGGAAAAUUAAACUGGGCAAAGAAGUUCUGGCUAUUCUGGAGGGUCACUGGGUGAGUAAUGAUUGAGUUUUUAUUUUAUAAACUUUGCCUGUAAUUAGGAAAUUACAAGUGAAUAAAAAUCUCCUUUCAUAUUUUUAAGUUUGCCUAGAGAUCAAGCUAUGUUAUUUUGCCUGUAAAAACUGAUGCUGUAGAAUUGCAUCUUUAUAUUGACAGUCUUGCUAUAUA